AUGGCUGCCAACUCCAAGGACCCCAACAUCCAACUCUUGGUCUUCAACGGGAACAAGAAGGGGUUCCGCGUGUGGACCCAGAAGUUCGUACAGCACCUCAAGGAACUGACCACUGCGAAGGUUGGCCUAUGGUUGACUAAUCAGACGAACCGACCUGAGCCGAAGAUCAAGUUCGAAUACUGGCUUUCUGGCGAGCCCCCCGUG